GAAUCUCAUGUGCAUUAACAAAUGCCCCGCUACUCCAGGGGUGGGGUGGAUGGGGUAAUUUUUAAUGCUGAAAUGUGAGCAAUCAGAACCGAGGGGGAUAAAUGAGACACGCCAAGAGGGAUUGUCUUUAGUUUAAAAAAUCACUUGCACGAACAGGAUUUGGAUAAGAAAAAGUCGCACGCGCUGAAGCGGACGGAGCGGAAGCUCGCGCUUACCCCUCGUGGAUAGUUUGGAUACUUGCAUUCCUGAGUUUAUACUGUUGCAACUCGAAAUAGCAGCAACAAUUUUGCCGGAGCACACGCAGAGAAAACUAAUGAGACAUGAUGCGAUUGUUAAAGUGUUCGUGGACUCUGUCGUGGAUUGUUAUCAUGUGCGUUAAUAGCGGAGUUCAUUCACAAGAAAGGCAGGGUUACCUGAUUGCUGCGCCAUCGGUUUUUCGUGCCGGCGUUGAAGAGUCUGUGAGCGUGACCCUCUUCAAUGCUGUGGAUGACACACAAGUGCAUUUGCAGCUCAGCGUCAAAGGCGAGAUUGUAGCACAGAGCCACGGCACUGUACGAGAUAAAGGCACAAUCAAAAUAAAGGUGCCAUCAGAUCUAAGAGGCCAGGCACAUCUGAAGGUUUGGGGGAACCGGCAGCUCAAUGAGGGGGGCUACAUCUUUCACAACCACACCACUGUGACAGUGGACAGCAAAGGAACAACAGUGUUCAUCCAGACCGACAAACCAGUCUAUAAACCCCUUCAGAAAGUACGCAUAAAUGUUUACGCCGUCACGCCAGACCUGAGGCCAACCAGUGAAAAGAUUGAUGCUUACAUAGUGGACCCCAGAGGAUCCCGCAUAGUGCAGUGGAAAGAUGUAAAGCCUGUUUGUUGUGGAAUUGUCAAUAUGAGCUUUCCACUGUCAGACCAACCAGUAUUCGGUGAAUGGUUUGCCUUUGUGGAGAUGCAAGGCCACACAUAUAACAAAUCUUUUGAAGUGCAAAAGUAUGUUAUGCCCAAGUUUGAAGUCAUCGUUGAGCCUCCUCCCUACAUUCGAGAUCUUAACUCGUGUGAGCAGGUCACAGUCAGGGCAAGGUACACCUUUGGAAAGCCAGUGACGGGCAAAUUAACAGUUAACAUGACUGUUAACGGUGUCGGCUAUUACAGGCAUGAAAUGGGACACCCGGUUAUCAAAUCAAUGGAGAUCAAAGACUCAGCCAACUUUAGCCUCUGUGUGAAGGACAUGAUGCCCUUAGAAGUCACUGACCAUUUCCGAGGUGCAGUGAGCAUGUGGGUGACUGUGACCAGUGUUGACGGUGGGAAGCAGACUGUGCAUGAUGAUUCGACACCUGUCCACAAGCAGCUCAUUGACAUCAAGUACUCCAAAGACACCAGGAAGCAGUUCAAGCCUGGUUUGCCCUACAAAGGGAUGAUUGAGGUCACAUAUCCAGAUGGGAGCCCAGCUGAUGGGGUGCAGGUGCGGGUAAAGGCGGAACUCACCCCAAAGGACAACGUCUUUACCAGCGAAAUAGUCUCACACAGUGGCAAGGCCAUUUUUGAGAUCCCCUCCAUACCCACGGCUGCCCAGUACGUCUGGCUGGAGUCAAAAGUGACAGCCAUUCAUGGCAGACCAGCAGGAGACCAGUAUCUUCCCAACUAUCUGUCCAUUAGUAGCUGGUAUUCUCCUAGCAAGUGCCACAUCCAGCUCCUAAGCCCCAGUGCUCCUUUAAUGAUUGGAGAAGAAGCUGAGAUCAAUUUAAAGUCCACCUGUCCCUGUAACUUCACCUUACACUAUGAGAUAGUAUCUCGCGGGAAUAUCGUGCAGUCAGGUCAAAGACAUCCUAACAGCAUGGCCCAUCGCAGAAAGAGAGCUACGGUGACCUUUGACACCAACAUACACACCACCACUAAACCGCCAAGUGACUCGGACUCUGUUGCGUCCUCUAUUCAGGCUGAGACAGACAGCUGUAUGUCAGUUCUGCAUUUCAAUGUCACCCCUGCCAUGGCUCCUCUCAGCCGUCUGAUGGUCUACUAUGUGAGGGACAAUGGUGAAGGGGUCACAGACAGCCUGCAAAUUCCUGUUCAGCCUUACUUUGAAAAUCAAGUUUCUGUAUCUUUGUCCACAAAUGAGUCGAUGCCUGGCAGUCCGGUCAGUCUGAAGGUCCAAGCAGAGAGCGGCUCAUGUGUAUGUGUAGCUUCUGUGGAUAAGAGCAUGUACCUUCUGAAACCAGGCUUCCAGCUCACACCUGAGAAGGUGUUCAAAGAACUGGGUGACUUUGAUGUGUCUGAAGCCUUUGGAGUAUCCAAGGACGAGGGACACUUCUGGUGGCCUGGAUUGUCAUCAAGGCGACGCCGCUCUUCUGUAUUCCCGUGGCACUGGGAUAUAACAAAAGAUGCACGUUUUGCGUUUACGGAGACGGGACUGGUGGUGAUGACGGAUAUGGUGAGCCUGAAUCACAGGCAAAGUGGAGGGAUGUACACCGAUGAGGCUGUGCCUGCUUUCCAGCCGCACACCUCAACCCUUGUGGCAGCCAUGCACGCCCGGACUGGGACACGGGCAGAGAAUCGCAGGCGUACGUUCUUCCCGGAAACAUGGAUAUGGCACUGCUUCAAUGUCAGUAAUGUCACCGGAGAGGCUGAGAUACGAUUGGAUGUUCCUGAUUCCAUUACUACGUGGGUGACGGAGGCUAUCGGUCUGUCUAGGGAAAAGGGGUUUGGCCUGGCUCGGACUGUAGAGCUCCGCACAUUCAAGCCUUUCUUCAUCGACUUCACCCUGCCGUACAGCGUCGUCCGUGGGGAACAGACCAAAGUCCCACUGACUGUGUAUAACUACCUCCCUACCUGCGCAGAGGUCCAUGUGAAAGUAUCAGUGCCCAAAGGAGUCAAGUUUGUGGGUCACCCAGGGAAACCGCAUCUGACACGGAAAAAGUGCGUGGCACCUGGCGAGGCCACGCCCACUUUUAUAGUGCUGCUCUUUUCGGAACUGGUGACCGCCAACAUUACAGCUCGAGCUGUGGCCUAUAGUGAGCCGAGCUGUUGCUCAGAUGGACUGCAGGCCAGCAAAGGGGCCAAAGCUGGUGAAGAACAAGAAGAUCGGAGAAGCCCAGCGGGCAUGGACUAUGUCCGCAGGAGUGUACUGGUAGAGCCUGAAGGUUUACCUAGAGAGUACACAUACAGCGUCUUCUUCUGCCCAAAUGAACGAAUUCACAUCUCCACACCCAACAAAUACGAGUAUCAAUAUGUGAAGAAGCCGGCCAAAGUCACGCACGUUCAAGUAUCCGUCAAAAGCCACAAUGAUGCCCACAUUGCGCUCUCGCCCACUGCACACGACAGCACGGAAAUGGUGGAGAUUGUGCUGGGUGGUCGGCAGAAUUCGCGCUCCUGGAUCUCGCGGGGUAAGAUGGGGGAGCCUGUCGCCAAUGCCCAAACGCCAGGCAUCCUCUCAUGGGAUGAGUUUCGCAGCUUUUGGAUCAGCUGGAGAGGAGGAGGCGUGCAGGUGGGCCACGGCCUAGAGCCAUCCAACGAGAGCCUGAUCAUGCAGUGGACUGGACCACUUACAGCUCACGUACGGCAUAUCGGUUUUUCCACUGGCUGGGGUUCUGUCGGCGAGUUUAGGAUCUGGCGCAAAGAAGAUGCAGAUGAGAACCACAAUGAGGCCUUUACUCUGGGAGUCCCACAAAAUGUGGUACCAGGCUCCGAGAGAGCCACGGCUUCUAUGAUUGGUGAUGUUAUGGGCCCAACGCUCAAUAACCUUCACAAGCUUCUUCGCCUUCCCUUCGGUUGUGGUGAGCAGAACAUGAUCCACUUCGCUCCCAACGUCUUCGUACUCAAGUACCUACAGAAAACCCAUCAGCUCAGCCCAGAGGUGGAGGCAGAGGCCACAGACUACCUACUUCAAGGUUAUCAGAGGCAGCUUACAUACAAGAGGCAGGAUGGUUCCUACAGUGCCUUCGGGGAAAGAGAUUCCUCCGGAAGCAUGUGGCUAACUGCAUUCGUGCUAAAAUCAUUUGCCCAGUCUCGUGGCUUCAUCUUCAUUGAUCCUGAAGAACUACGUGCUGCUAAAUCCUGGUUGAUCUCUCAUCAAAAAGAAGAAGGUUCCUUCCCAGCAAUGGGCCGGAUACUCAACAAAGACCUGCAGGGUGGAAUUCAUGGAAAGAUCUCUUUGACUGCAUAUGUGGUGGCAGCUCUAAUGGAAACAGGGAUUACAACUGAGGAGGAGAAGAAAGCCGUUGCUAAAGCCAAGGCGUUUCUGGAGAGCAACACGUAUUCCGCUGAUGACCCGUAUACUACAGCUCUGACAGCAUAUGCGCUCACUUUACUCCGCAGUCCUUACGCCCCACUGGCUCUCCGGCGACUUAACCACAUGGCCAUCACUCAAGAUGGUUUCACUCACUGGAGUCUCACCGGCAGUACUGUAACUGAUGAAGACACAUUCAUGGGCUUCAGUGAUGGCCUCUCACAGUCAGUGGUGUCGGCUGAAGUUGAGAUGACAGCCUAUGGUCUUCUCACCUACACCCUUCUUGGUGAUGUUGCAUCUGCCCUACCAGUGGUUAAAUGGCUCUCGCAGCAAAGAAAUGCAUUGGGAGGUUUUUCCUCAACUCAGGAUACCUGUGUGGCAUUGCAAUCCCUGUCUGAGUAUGCCAUCCUGUCAUAUGUGGGCAGAGUUAAUCUCACCAUAUCCUUGGCUUCCACUAACCUGGACUUUCAAGAAACCUUUGAGCUUCAGUUGGACAAUAAGAAGAUUCUGCAGAAGGCCAUGAUCCCCAGCAUUCCAACAGGACUAUUUGUCAGCGCUAAAGGAGAAGGCUGCUGUCUAAUGCAGAUCGAUGUGUCUUACAAUGUGCCCGAUCCAGUGGCUAAGCCAGCUUUUCAGCUAAAAGUAGACCUGAAGGAACCCAGGCAGGAACGGCACUCCCCACUUUCCUCCCGGCACAUAUCCCUUCGCUCUCGUUCUCGCGAUGAUAACCGCUCAGAGCUGAAUCGCAAGCGGAGGGCCCCUGUAGAUGACGAGGACCCCGCAGCCCACCAAGAUCACCUGGACUACCGUGUUACACUGGAGGUUUGCACCAGGUGGCUGCACAUCGGCUCAUCCAAUAUGGCUGUCUUAGAAGUCCCUCUGUUGUCCGGCUUUCGUGCGGAUGUUGAGAGUUUGGAGAGGUUGCUAUUGGAUAAGAGAGUAGGUCUGAAGAGGUAUGAGGUGGAUGGCCGAAAAGUUCACUUUUACUUCGAUGAGAUCCCUAGUCAGUGUAUGACUUGUGUAACCUUCCAAGCCAUAAGGGAGUAUAUUGUGGGCAAGACAGCCCCGGUGCCAGUCAAAGUCUAUGACUAUUACGAACCAGCAUUUGAAGCAACUCGUUUCUACAAUGUAAGUGAGAGCAGUCCUCUCGCACGAGAACUGUGUGACGGCACUACGUGUAAUGAGGUUGAGAGCUCAAGCAAUCAUUGGACGGGCUUUGUUCAAAAUGGUCAGUGUAAUAACGUUUUCGACUGUCCAGAGGAGGAACACUACGAGCGCUGUACGUGCUAUCGAGACUGCGGCUAUGACGGCGAACCCGUCUGCGGUUCUGACGGUCAGCUAUAUCAGAACCAGUGUCAGAUGGAAGUGUCCGCCUGCAGAAACGGCACACGGAUCGAGCAGAUGCCCUUUAGUCACUGUCCACGGGUAGGGGUGGUCGUAGAAGAGCGAGAGCUUGCCACAGGAGAGGAACCCGAACAGGAACCUAUACUCAUUCCCGCAGGAGGGGAGGAGCCAGGCUCCAUGGCUGAAGUGUCCUACUAUUCUUACGAGUAUGACCCAGAAACAGAUGCCUUUUUACCAGAGAGCGAGGAGAAGUUAGUGCCUAUAAGAGAGGAAGAUGAGGCAGCAGAUGCUGUCGGGCCUAUAAACGAACAUCUCCUCACAGUGGACACAAAAGACUCGCCUGAGCGAUGAGCCCUGCCUGCCAGCAGCAAAGCCAAGGGCUCGACAUUGUACAUUCUCUGUGAAUAUGUUUGUGUGAAAGAAAUACUGGAAAAGUGAGGUGUGGGUACCCAGCCUCUUGCUAUGAGACAGCUGUGCGUGUUUAUGUCCUAAGAGAGAGAGAGUAUCAUUUCUCCUUUCUUUUUAUAAUAAUAAUAUCUGAUGCAAUUCGUGUAGUUUCCAUAGCUCUUUGCGUUUAUUUGAUGGUAUGUCAUCUCGUAUUCCUCUUGUAAUCUAGUUUUAAUAGUCCAGUAUUUAUGUUUGUAAGUAUAAUUGACGUAAAAUCAAAUAUUUUAUUGUUUUGUUUUCUAUCCUUGGUAUUUAUUUGUGGCUAGUCACUUGUUGUUUGAUUGGUUCGUUUUUUCAUUUCUCUGGCAGAUGUUCAUGUCUUUUCCGACCACAAACUACUUAUGUGGUUUCACACCCUGUAAGUAAGGUGUCACAUUUAAUACAUACUUAUGCGAUGCACAUUUAGGUGUCACAUUUAUGGACAAAAAUGUGUAACGGUUUCAUAACGGAGACCACAACCGUUAAAAAUAAGCUAUAGUUAGUAAAAUAAUAAUAAUUACUUUUGAAUCACAGAUAAUGUCUUAUUGUCACCCAUACUCCGAUUUGAUGUGCAAACAUAAGCUAUUUUAUUUAAACUACUACAUAACAAAUCAAAUGUUGAAUUGCAUUGAAUUUAGUUCUGAUCGUUCCCUUGUGUGUUCAUAUAUUAAAUAUUUUGGAUCGGUAAAUUGUGCUUUCAGCUACUAAGACUUUAACACUCGCAGCUCUGUACCAUAUAAAACACAAUUGCUUGUAGUUUUUUUUUUUGUAGUCAGCACAAAAAUGUAAAUAACAAAUUUUGCAAAAUGUUGAAUUUUGAGAUCACUGCAAAUUUGAAUGGACUUAAAUUGAAUGUAACCUACAAUUCUUUCAAAAGCAAAAUAUUUGGAACUUCAUCAAAAAGAAUAAACUUUUUAUUCAAUAU